AUGAAGGUACUGAUACUGGGAGCCACAGGCUUCAUAGGUUUCCCCGCUGCUGAGGCUUUCGUUAGAGCCGGCCACAUUGUAUAUGGUACAACUCGCUCUGCGCGAAGUGCUGAACAGAAGCUAAGCCCUAAAGAGAUCAUACCCGUUGUCGCCGAUCCGUCUAGCGAAGAAGGCAUGGCAGAGUGGGGAAAGAUAGCUGCUCGAUGUGAUAUUGUCGUUGAUGCACUAUCAGCCAAUGGAGCCAAGACAGCCAUUGACACAUUUCACAACUAUCUGCAAUAUGUAAAUCGACCCAAGGGGUCUCCAAAACCCACUUAUAUCUAUACGUCUGGCUUAUGGAUCAACAGUCGUGGAUAUGGUGGACUGGACAAGUGGACUGAUGAACGACAGCCGACAUCUACGUAUAAUGAAGGAGUGCAGUGGCGUCCCCUGAUUGAGAUUCCUGUUCUUGAGAGUGAGAAAGUUCACGGGAUUGUCAUCAGAGGUGCGGUAGUGUAUGGCCGUGAAGGAUCUGCGGUAGCAACAUCUAUAUUCGAUCGAGCCUUGGAGGCAAGUAAAACUGAGAAAAAGAUUUUUGAAACCGUUUAUCAGAACGAAAGUAGGGUUGCUUCCAUACAUACGGAUGAUAUGGCGGAUCUCUAUGUUAGGGUUGCUGAAAGGGGACCAUUACUGAGAGGUCAGGUAUUCAUGGCCUCGAAUCAGGCCACAGAGCGCCUCACAGAUGUUUUAGAUGCUGUAGUGAGAGUCUCUGGUUGUAACGGAUACAAAGCAAAAACUCCCCGAUCGGCAUAUGAAGAAGCUUGGGCAUCAACAACAUUGAUAAAACCCAGUUUGGGGGAUGCUCUGACUGGAUGGAAACCAAAGAAAAUGAGCUUAGUGGAUGGAAUGGACAUAUAUUGGUCUUCCUAUUUGGCUAACAAGAACUUAAACGAAUGA